ACUCUAUUCUAUCAAUGAAGUAGUAAGGACAGGGAGGUUCUGGAGGAACUGAAAAGGAGGAGAGAAAGCAUUCCUAAGCCUUCUGCGGUGGUAGCUUGUGAGAGGCUCUUUAAGGCCUGUGUGGCUUAAACAGAAUUCCAUCGACCAAAAACACAACCUUUAAUUUCAAAAUGAAGUACAUCAUUGGCAUUGGCGGCGUGACCAACGGUGGCAAAACCACGUUGACGAAUGUAUUGAAGAAGACUUUGCCCAACUGUUGUGUGAUACAUCAAGAUGACUUUUUCAGGCCCCAAGACACAAUAGAGGUCGGGGAAGACGGCUUUAGGCAAUGGGAUGUCAUCACAGCCCUGGACAUGGAGGCUAUGGUUAGCACCGUGAAGGGCUGGAUGGAGAACCCAGUGAAGUUCGCCCGCUCUCACGGUGUCACCGUGUCCCCUCCGUCUGAGGACCCCGAGCGCGAUACGCACAUACUGAUCGUCGAGGGAUUCCUGAUCUACAACUAUAAGCCCCUGGUGGAGAUCUAUGACAAGUGCUACUACAUCACCAUUCCAUACGAGGAGUGCAAGAGGAGAAGAAGCUCAAGGACAUACACCGUUCCUGACCCACCUGGUCUGUUUGACGGCCAUGUUUGGCCCAUGUAUUUGAAACACAGGAAGGAGAUGGAUGCCAACUGCAAUGCUAUUGUGUAUCUGGAUGGUUUGAAACCCAAAGAUGAGAUCUACAGUGCUGUGUUUGGAGACAUUCAGAACAACCUGUUGAAUAGCUAAUAGUGGGACCUGGUGGGCCAAAGAACUUGUGUAUAGAAUUGUAAAUAUGAAGAAUCAGUUAACAGUUACAUCGAAAUGAACCUCCCUGUACAUACUACAACAAAAGUUAACUUAUUUACUGUAACUAAAAGCAGAAGCUUGGGAUUUUGUAUUGUCUUAUGUGUUACCUUUUAUAACUGAAUUACCUCAGGCUGUUCACUAGUAGCUGGCUUGAAAGCUGACUGUAGUUUCACCUGUAAGUUAAACCUUUGCUUGGAGGAUUGCCAUCCUCGCACAAAGAGACAUCUGAAGGACUUCACUGCUCUGUUUGUUUUCCUUUUUAUUGCAACACACACCACAACAGCAUAAAAAGAAAACAUUAAAAUACAGUUGCAAAGUACAA